UGGGCAUUCGAACGGCACCCGCUUUUUGGCGCAAUGGCAAAUCUGCUGCCAAUGUCUGAGGUUGAGAUGUAUCCACUCCUUAAGGUGUCACCUCCCAUCCCCGUGGGACGCCUGGCCGGCCGCUUCAAGCUGCAACUCUGGCGCGCCAGCAGCGACUUUCAGUUGAAACUCCCAUUGGCCUCGCAACGAGGGGAGGUCACGGUGGUAGGUGAUGCGUGUCAUUUAGGCAUUCACCAAGGAGAUGAAGUGUUAAGCAUCAAUGAUGUGGCAAUACAAGAUCUGACUCACGCUGCCGAAGUCUUAGAGCAGAGCGGGCAGGAGGUGGAGAUCCACUUUUACCACAAGGAAUCCGAACUGUUAGAGGACGAAAAUCUGACGUACGAGACGGUGUGUUGUGCUCCAGCACUUUGCACGUACCGCACGAUGCCUGUGUGGUGCGAUUUUUUCUACAACCCACCGGAGCCCAGGUGUCGUGCAGAAACUUGGCAACUUCGAGAGGUCUUGGCAACCUCCAAAGUCAUCGAAUUGCCAGGCAACAUGUGGCGCUUGCAUUUGCAGCGGUUCUCGAUGAAGCAAAGCUUCGCCUUGCCGCUGGGCCUGGUGAGCGAAAACGACGAGCCCUCGGAGAUGUCGAACUUGGCCUCGGAGGACGGGCUGUUGCCAUCGCCCAAGACGAAGGUCACGGCGCUGCAGCUCUGCGAGAGCUUCAGCUCGCUGCCCAGCGAGGGAUCCCCCCUCACGGACACGAUCGAGAAGGAACACUCUGAGGUCACCCUCGAAGGAAGUCCGAAGAAUCUUGGCACUGUGGUGGUGCUCCAAGCCUUGCCGUUGCUGGGCCUUCAACGAGGAGACGAACUCUGCAGGGUCAAUGGACAUGAAAUCAACAGCCUUCAGUCCUGGAAGGCUGCGACAAAGCACGUUAUGAAGAUCGCAAUGGAUUUUCGACGUAAAACGGUGCCAUUGGAGGUCUCAGCAAGUCCCAUGAAGGUCCUGCCAGAUCGACGACGCUCCGAGGACUGGCACUCGGUGAGCAGCACAAAAGACUGCAGCCGCGAGUGUAGUCACAAUGAAGAGCCCCCAUGGUCAGUGAUGUUGUACAAGUCCACUUGCCGUCCACUUGGACAGAACUCGGUGGAAACAUUGGAUGCGAUCACGUCCAGAACCGGGACCAGCCAGACGAAGCUCUCAGAAUCUCAGGACGUCAUCUUCCUCUGAUGCAGAUUGAGUCGGGGGUAGAGCUUGAUGGACUCAGAACGGCCUCAGAACGGGCUGGCACUGGGUAGAUGAGGAACGAUGUUCC